ACCCAAAUGAGAAGGGGUAUCUGCCUUUUCGGACGGAGGGCUGGACGGCAGGGCGGGAUAUCGAGUCUUGCCGCGGAAAAUUGCGAUGGUGCACAGGCUACCUGAACGACUACCUGAAAAGUGACCUGACCUGGAAAAAGGGCCAUGAUCCGAGAUUUGCAAACAACUCAUGCGUCUACAUCGAUUUUUGGGAUCCAGUUGUGCCUAGUCUGGCGCUGGCAGACUGCUCGGAAAAGAAACAGAUCAUCUGCGAGGCACCCAUGGGAGUUGACGUUAAAUUGAAGAUGCAUUAUCAACCUUGCAGGAGAAAUUUUAAAGUUAAAGAAAGCGAAGCCGAGAAAAUCUGGACCACUGGUGAUUUGAGCCGCACUAGUUACGCAGCCAAAAAAAUGAUUCAAUGCCUAGCAGAGCACAUAGGACUGGUGUACAACUCGACCAAAAUCAAUGGGCACGUUUACUUGAAAAUGAUGUCCAGGAUGUUUUAUCCCCUUGACUUCUAUUCGAUGUACAGUUCAAUUCGUCAACAACAAACCAAGUACUCACGGUUCAAAGACAUUUACGGAGAAAAUAAGAUCAACACUUUCUUAUUCAACGUGGUUUAUGACUUGACAAACGAAUAUUACUCGGCCCACUUUGAUCUUGCCGCCGAAAUAAUCAUCAAACUCUACGAAAGCAGAGAAAUGAAAAUAGUAAACGAGGAAACGUUUGCGUUUGACUUCCUUGUGUUUCUCCUUCAGGCUAAUAAGAAGGUGGACAGUUUCUGGAAAUUGUACGAUUUCACCUUGGAACAACGUAGUUGGAUGCCCGUGGACCAAGAUCUAACCUCACCGUGCAUGACGUUUGACGAUUUUGUAAAAAAUAGCUCUUCGUGCAUUGACGUGGAUGGCUUGAUUCCGCUGACUGAAUCUAAACCUUUUCCCACCAUGAGACCGAUCGACACAAAAUGGUACGGCAUGACUUCUUUCACCACGUGUUUGGAGAAGAGAGGCUCGCUGCCUUUCGCGGAAACAAAGAAGGAGUUUGAAAUGAUGUACAAUUUAAUCAGAGGAGUGAAUCUGACGAUGACGAUAAUCUGGGGCCAAGGCUUUUACGACAAGCGGAAUAGAAAUUUCAUGUGGUGCCGCAGCGACGUCGGUCCCUUCCAACCCUGGGCAAAAAUUCCGGUCCCUGUCUCCUUGAAUGCGUCGGACGCUACGAAGAAACAGGAUUUCGUGGUGAUGCUGGUCUCGCUGCCGGGUGCCAAGCCAAAUCUGCACGCCGUUCCCCCUACUGACGAGCUCAUCUACAAAACCGAAGUCUUCUGCCGCUUCCCAAAUUACGUUUUGAACGAGUGCUCGAGAGCGAAGCAAGCCGAGAUGGAGGAGGACAACUAA